AUGGUCAUACAUAGUGCUAGAAUCGAGGAUGAUGAAAGAAAUAAGUUAGCACAGUGGCUUCUUGAGCAUAGCCUUGGAGGGAAGCUCGAAUUUGGUGCCAAAAAAGAGGCAGCAACCCUCUUCAAAGUCGAUUUGAAGACAAUUUGGAGCCAAGUGUCAAAGCAAAGAGCUUGUGGUGUACCUGUACAAGUAAAAUCCAUUAGAAAAGGCAGUUCAUACAAAAACAAGAUGCAAGUAGAUGUUGAAAAAAUCAAGAAUCUUUCUGUGCUUCAAAGGUCAUCAAUGAGAGUCAUGUCUACAAACCUAGGUGUGUCUAAAUCUUUGAUUCACAAGUGGGUGAAGGAGAAAAAGCUUAAACCACACACAAAUGCAAUAAAACCCUUUCUUACCCCACAGAAUAGGAUGUCAAGACUGAAGUGGAGCCUAAAUCAGCUUAGUUCAAUAAGUGAAGAUGGUUUUAUAAAGUUUCAAACAAUGUACAACACCAUUCACAUCAAUGAGAAGUGGUUUUACCGUACCAAAACCAAUGAUAGGUAUUACCUGCUGCCGGAUGAAGGGGAACCAUAUCGUACAUGCAAAUCAAAGAGGUACAUUGAAAAGAUUAUGUUUAUGUGUGCCGUUGCCCGACCAAUAUUUGGCCUAGAUGGCAGAUGCAUCUUUGAUGGAAAGUUUGGCAUAUUUCCUUUCACAACCAUGGAGGCAGCACAACGGAAUUCAAAAAACAGAAUGAAAGGUACCAUGGAAGUGAAGCCAAUCACAGCAGUUACUAAGGAAGUGAUGAAAUGUUGCCUUUUAAAAGAGAUGAUACCUAACUUUAAAGCUAAGUGGCCAGUGGGAGCAAACAAGCACAUAUAUAUCCAACAAGACAAUGCAAAACCCCACAUAAAAUCCAAUGAUCCAGACUUUUUAGUGGUUGCAAAUACUGAUGGUUUUAAAUUCCAACUAGUAUGCCAGCCUGCUAAUUCACCGGAUACAAAUGUCAAUGACCUAGGGUUUUUCAGAGCAAUACAGACAUUGAAGGAUCAAAAACCAGCAGGGAAUGUGGAAGAGUUACUCAAGAAUGUUAAAGAUGCAUAUGAUGAAUACCCACCAGAGAAGCUAAACCAUGUGUUCAUUACUUUGCAAAGUUGUUACCAUGAAAUCAUCAAGGCAAGGGGAGGGAAUGACUACAAAAUUCCACACAUGAACAAAGAAAGACUCUCAAGACUGGGGUUGUUACCAGAUUGCAUUCAAGUUGAAGAAACACUUGUAAGGGAAACACUACAGUUUAUGGAGUUGGAUGCAAGUGCAGAGGGAGAAAUUUACAACCUUGGAUCAAUCAUAGAAAGGCUGGAGCAGGUUGACAUCACUGAAUAG